GUACCGAGUCUUUUUAGUUUAAACAAAAGAAAUUCAACAUUUUCGUCCAUGUGUUGAGUUUAUGUGAUUUAUUUAACAGGCUUUAAUUGGAAAUAAAGCUUUUAAUAUUUUCAAUCACGUGGAAACCGCCGAUUGAAUUGCUAUCGGUGAGAUUCAAUUCUAUUUUCUGACUUAUUAAAUCCAUGAACAAGUCAAAAGUCUUUCUUAUAAAAAAAGAGAGAGAAGGAAAAUCAUUUUAAAGAAAAUUUACCAAUUUAGUCAAAAAAUAGCAAAAUCUACAUUUCACCUAUGAUAAGAAUUCCUUGAAAAAACUUCUUCCCUAAAAAUAGAUUUCUUCUCUGAAGCUCACACAUUGACUUGAUCAACCAAUGAUUCAGAGUUUUAGUUAUUAGGAAAAAGUCUUUGAACAAAAUUAAUAUAGGUGAUAUUAAUUAUUCGGUAGAGCAGAUUAAUCUAUAUAUAAUAUAUAUACUAAUGUAAUCCAAAUAUAACUAACCGUUAUUUAAAAAAUUAAUAAAAUAAUAGGAUGAUUUAUUAGUUAAAAUACAUAUAAGAUGAUAUAAAAUAAUAUAUAUAACACUGAGUUUUCUAAUAAAUAUAAAAUCCAAUAUGAAUUUUUGACAUGUUUUAUCGAGAAUGAUUUUUCAGUUCACUUAUUAUAACAAAAUUCAUGGAUUAAUAAUAUAUUAUUUGUGUUAUUCUACUUAUGAUAAGCUGCUACAUUAAGUCUUGCGAUAUUUUAAAUUAAAAGUAAUUGAUAGUAUAUGUAUAUAAAAUAUUACUUUAUGAUCCAUCUCAUUUUAGAUGUAGAACACGCAACACUCGUCAAUCCUAACUUAAGAUAGUGCAUCAAAGAACUGGGGCAAAUUCUUUCGCAGAAAGGAGCUUCCGUACUAGAAGAAAUAACACAUUUUUGGGUAAAAUGCUAAGAUUAAAGAACGCAAUUUUUAUAUAAGAAGAGCAUAAAACAGCAACAAGUGACAAUAUAUAUAUAAACAAAACUAAUAAAACGUCCUUCAUAAACCAUAGCUCAUCUGGUAAGCAACAUUAAGGUUUUUCUCAUUUUGAAUUGUUUGACCCAAAAAAGCAGCAAUAACACGUCUCUAUUAUAAAACUCAAUGGUUGGAUGGGAUGAUGUGUUAUUGAUAUAAGUCAAUGCUAGAUGGUAGACAAAUGACGUCGAUACUGACGAAAAUGAACGAAAACAAGUCUCCACAAAUAUAUUUCCACGAGAAUCCAAAUUAAAAUCUAAUAUUACUAAUUAAUAAUAUAUAAAUACGUAAAACAAAUAUAGACACAACAAUACUUAAAUAAUAAUUUAUGCCUUUUCUCAAAAAAUACUUAAAUAAUAAUAUUCUGAAAGAAAGAUUAAAAUGUAAUAUAUCUGAGUCGACCGUGAAUACCGUAUUUGUAGCCGAAGCAUUUGGUCUCAUAUCCUCGUCUCUAACCACAUACUCGACAAAGUAUCUCUUUUUCUCUUUCUUCUACGAUAUCUUCUUCGUCACCUCUCUAUAUAUGGAGGAUUGGAUAUGGUGCGGAACAAUCACACACACGCACACACUAAGAUAAAUACGUACCUUUUCUUAUCCGGCAGCUUACACAUCCUCUUUACUUACUAGGGUUUCAGAUAACAUAUCAAGCAAGAUCAUCGUCCGUACUUACUGAUCAUAUACAAAAAAAUCAAAGUUGUCUAUCAAGAACUUAGAAUUAUCUAUAUAUAUAUAUAGAGAGAUGUUUCGUUUUCCAGUGAGUCUUGGAGGUCAAGGUGACAAUUUGAAGCAGACACAACCAUCGGAUGAGCAGCAUCAUCGGCCAAUAAUGGAUGAGGUUGACUUUUUCAGGUCGGAGAAGAGAGAUGAUCAGAAUGUCAUCACCGAGGAAACUCAUAGGCUUCAUGUCAAAAGGGAAAAUUCACGUGUUGACGAUGAUAAUGAUCGUUCCAUGGGUAUCAAUACUGGACUUAAUCUUCUCACUGCGAAUACGGGAAGCGACGAGUCAUUGGUGGAUGAUGGAUUGUCUGUUGAUAUGGAGGAGAAACGUACAAAGAUUGAGAAUACACAACUUCGAGAAGAGCUAAAGAAGUCGAAUGAAGAGAAUCAAAGACUAAAGGAAAUGCUAAGUCAAACAACCAACAACUUCAACUCCUUGCAGAUGCAACUUGUUGCUGUCAUGAGGCAAGAAGAAGAUCAUCAUCACCUGGCUACGAUCGAGAGCAAAGACAAGGACACUAACCGACAUGAAGCUUCUGAGAUGGUUCCAAGACAGUUCAUUGAUUUGGGACUACCAUCUGCUGAAGUAUCAUCCGAUGAGAGGAUAACGGUUCGGUCAAGAUCUCCCCCAUCCCUUCUAGAAGACUCUAGCUCACGUCAGCGCGCAAAAAGAGUACUUGAGAUAGAAGAAAGCCCAGAGAACGAAUCGAACGGCUGGGGAAACCCUAGCAAAGUUUCGAAACACAAUGCCUCUUCCAGCAAUGGCAAUGGAAAUGCUAUCGAUCAAUCGGCCGCUGACGCCACCAUGCGUAAAGCCCGUGUUUCGGUCCGUGCAAGGUCCGAAGCUCCCAUGUUAAGCGAUGGAUGUCAAUGGAGAAAAUACGGACAGAAAAUGGCAAAAGGGAACCCGUGCCCUCGAGCUUAUUACCGCUGCACGAUGGCCGUUGGAUGUCCCGUUCGUAAGCAAGUGCAACGUUGCGCAGAAGAUAGAUCCAUUCUCAUAACAACCUACGAAGGAAACCAUAACCAUCCAUUACCUCCGGCAGCUAUGUACAUGGCUUCAACCACAACCGCAGCCGCAAGCAUGCUCCUCUCAGGCUCCACAAUGUCGAACCAAGACGGUUUAAUGAACCCAACAAACCUCUUCGCUCGAACCAUGUUGCCUUGUUCCUCAAGCAUGGCCACGAUCUCAGCCUCGGCCCCAUUCCCAACCAUUACACUAGACCUCACAGAAUCAGCAUCCAACGUUAACGGUCCGACGAAUAACAACCCACUGAUGCAAUUCUCUCAACGGUCUGGUUUCGCGGAGUUGAACCAAUCGGGUUUGCCUCAGAUGAUGGGCCAGGCUUUGUAUUAUAACCAACAACAGUCCAAGUUCUCCGGUUUGCAUAUACCAUCUCAGUCGCUGAACGCUGGCGAGAGCGUCAAUGCUGCUAUGGCCGCCAAUCCGAACUUUGCAGCGGCUCUGGCCGCAGCCAUCACGUCUAUUAUCAACGGUUCGAGUAAUCACCAGAAUGGGAGCAGUAACAGUAGUAAUAAUAAUGUUACGACGAGCAGCGGGGACAGGCAAUAGCAUUUUUUUAAAAAAAAUUGUUUUAGGUUUGUUUAUCGGCCGAUUUUGAAUGGUUUAGUCUUUAUUUUGGAUUCUAGUUAUGGCUUUUUAGCUUCUUCAUUUUUUCCUAUCAAUAAGAGUCUUGAUAGCAAAAUUUUCUCGUUGCUUGGUAGACAAUUUUGUUCUGGAAUAUUAACUGCCUUUAGAAAAACAAUCUCUUAAAAAGUUAUGUGGGCUAACAAAGUGCUAGGAUUGAGGCUUGUAGCUUGAGGCGUAACGCAAGCUUUCAGUACAUUAAACUAUUGAAGUAACUAAGGAGUGAGCAAAGGCCCAAACAGAAUCGGACCCAAUGACAUGAUAGUUGGUAGUUUACCAGCUCAAGUUAUUAAGCUAAUGCGGAGAUGAACUUCUUAAGUUGGUUCCAAGAUUUGGCAGUAAAUUGUUCAGGGUCUGAAUGAAACUAAUGAAACCUAAAGGGGUUAAAUGGAUAAAUAUGAAAAUGGAAGCUUUAGCGAAACGUUAUUUGCGUUUAUAGGGUCCCACGCAGUGUCAACAACGUGAAGGCGGUUUUGCUUGUGCCACAAAUCAAAGCAACCUUAUAUUUUCUAUUUGCAGCAAACACCAAUCAAACAACCCAUCUAUUUAUUUUCACUUUUUUUUAAAACAAAAUAUGUCUAACCUUUCAGUAUUUAUAUUUUUUUUAAUCAUUUUCAUUCUAUGAUGUAUGGAGUAACUAUAAAUAUGGUGUAUAAUAUAAUUAGAGUGAAGAAACUGAUUUGUAGACGUGACUGUAACAGAGUGAUAUGCCUAGCUGUAGACACUCAUGGUUUCAUCAGCGUGAAGCGUACCUAAUGCUAGGCAAACUUAAAACAGCUAAUAUUAACAGCAUUUAUAAAAAAAAGUCACCCAGACAAAAUUCCAAGUAGUAAAUUAACAACUUAUUAACAGCAGCAUUACCAUCGAUAUUUAUUUUUUGAUAAAAAAAAUAGUUAACAACAAUAAUAAUUUUCUUAAAGUAAUUUCAUUCUAGUUUUUAGUUUCUUAAGUAUUUUAAAGUACUUUAAAUGAAAAAUAUCAGGAAAUUUGUUUCUAAUUAAUAAUAGUAUAUUUACUUGUUGAAUAUAUCUUACUCUUUUUAUGUUGAGAAAUAAAAGAGUUUCCAAAUGAUGAUUUGUACUAUUUUAUAUUAUUUGUUCAGUUUUAAUCUCUUAUUUUGAAAUUACUUAGAUUUAUUACUAAAUACUAAAUACUAAGAUUUUCAGUCUUCUCUAAAAUUUCUUCCAAAUUAAAUUAUCACUCGCUAGAUAUUCUGAAAAAAGUUUGAAAUCAAAAGUGUACUUGAGUAAAAGAUAGAUUAAUGCACACUAUAAAGUUCUUCCUUGCACACUUAAAACACAAUGACAUUGGAAAAUAGACGUAACUAACAUAUAAAACCCUAGAACAUGACAAACGUUACUUGAAGCAUCCCAUAUAUUGUGCAAAAAUUGCUCUACAAAAGUU